AUGCGACUGCUGCUCCACGCGAGGCAGCGCGCGGGAUCCGUGCCGUCCGUCGCACUGAGGCCCAUUUUAUCUGCACCUGCUGAGCCACCUGCUGGCGUUCCUGCCGCCACUACUGCUGAUCCCACUGUUCCCUUGGCAAACCAGCACUCUGAAUCCAAUCCGUUAUUGUCACCCUCAGCACUGUCACCCUCGGCUUGGAAGAAGCAGGCUCGGCAGCGAGGAGGAGGCAGACAAACAGGCAGCAGCCGAGACUUGCGCAGGGGGCAGCUGUGGGGCGUGAUCAGUCGUGUGCGCAGCAGCGCCUCUGUGCUGCCAGCCAUUGAGGCGUGGAGGAUGGCGGGAGGCGUGCUGGAUAAGGAGCUGCUGCUGUGGGUGAGUGCGGUGCAGUGCGGUGUGAUGUGGUGCAGUGUUGUGUGGUGCGGUGUGGUACGGCUGGCUGUAUUUGUGUGUUUGUCUUGUGGCAAUGCCUCUGUGCUGCCAGCCGUUGAGGCGUGGAGGACGGGGGGAGGCGUGCUGGAUAAGGAGCUGCUGCUGUGGGUGAGUGCGGUGCAGUGCGGUGUGAUGUGGUGCAGUGUUGUGUGGUGCGGUGUGGUACGGCUGGCUGUAUUUGUGUGUUUGUCUUGUGGCAAUGCCUCUGUGCUGCCAGCCGUUGAGGCGUGGAGGACGGGGGGAGGCGUGCUGGAUAAGGAGCUGCUGCUGUGGGUGAGUGCUUUGCACGCCUCUGUGCUGCCGGCCAUUGAGGCGUGGAGGAUGGCGGGAGGGGUGCUGGAUAAGGAGCUGCUGCAGUGGGUGAGUGCGGUGCAGUGCGGUACGGUUCAGUGCGUGGUUGGUCGGUGUGGUGUGGUGCGGUGCGGUGCGGUGUGGGUGUGUGAUCACUGUGGGGCAACGCCUCUGUCCUGCCGGCUGUUGAGGCGUGGAGGAUGGCGGGAGGCAUGA